AUGCCUCCGAUCAGCCAGUUUCCACCCGCCCGCGUCUUCCUCAAGACCGCAACCUCAUCCGCACCCACACCCUCUCCCAUCUCAAUCACAACCAGCGUCAACACAGCCGCCCGCAAGUCGUCUCUGACUUCGCCCAUCAGCCCGCGCUACGCCAUCUCCAUGUCGCCCCAACAACAAUCCAUGUCGCAAAUGUUCUCCUCUCAAAGACAAGUCAUGCCGAGACCGGGCGACGCCAUCCGGAGAGUCACAAACUGA